CUAUUAAUAAAUACCACUUACCAGCCUUUCCUCUUUAAUCUAUUAAUCAUAAUCUCGUCCCUCCCUUUGCAGCCCCCUGCAAUUUGGACACCAUACGCACGACUUACAACAGUCUGGCCUACAAUGACAAGCAUCUCUCCUGCUGAGAUGGCUGCCUCCACCGGCCGCGAUGUCGAGAAGGACCUUUAUUCGGUCCAACCUCCGGCUGAGGUACUCGAAGGCUCCAAGACGGUGUCAGACAACGAGUCAGCGGACAUGCAAGAGGGUGUCAAACGAGUCGAGGCCAUCACGACCGUCUGGUCCGAUAAGUCCUUGUGGUCUACAUUUGCUCUUCUUUGGCUCGUGUCGUUUGUAUCCGCGUUAUUAUCGUCCAUCGACACCUCCCUAUCGCCAUACGUAACAUCCUCUUUUUCCAAGCAUGGUCUACUUGCAGUUAUAAACAUAGCUGCGAGAGUGAUUGGCGGCGUCGUCACUCUUAGUCUGGGCAAAAUUAUAGAUAUUAGGGGGCGUAUGGAAGGCUUCGUUGGGUCACUGCUUCUGAUCACCGUCGGCAUGAUCAUGAAAGCGACCUGUCGGAAUGUUGAGGUAUAUGCGGCGGCCCAGGUUUUUACUUGGGUCGGGAACGUUGCCCUCGGUUUUGUUAUCGACGUCUUCGUGGCUGAUAUCACUACUCUAAAGAACCGAAUGCUCAUAUUCGCGCUCAACUCGACUCCUAACCUUGCGACCACCUUUGCCGGCCCUCGGAUCGCCGAGCUAUUCUAUCAGAAUAUCAACUUCAGAUGGGCUUUCGGCGCCUUCACCAUUAUCUUACUUGGGGUAUCUCUGCCAGUGGUUGCUAUACUUUAUUAUCAUGAGCGGAAAGCAAAGAAGCUAGGCCUGCUUCGUCCGAAAUCUGGUCGCACACCAAUACAGUCCAUUUUACAUUAUAUCAUCGAGUUUGAUCUUAUCGGUGCAAUUCUUAUCUCCGCAGGAUUUACACUCAUUCUCCUGCCGUUCAGCCUCGUAAGCUCAGCUUCACACUCGUGGAAGAGUGCAAGAGUUAUUGUUAUGAUAGUUAUGGGGGUAGUCAGUCUCGCUGCGUUCGCAAUUUGGGAGAAAUUAUUCGCUCGUGUCAAAUUCUUCCCUUUCGAGUUUCUAAAAGACAGGACCUUCUUGGGUGCCGUAUUAGCGUAUUUUGUGGUUUUUAUGACGACCUUCAUAUGGGAUGCCUAUUACAGUUCUUACCUCCAGGUCGUCCACGGCCUCAGUAUCAGCAUCGCAAACUAUGUGCUCAAUGCUUACUCUCUUACUUCAUAUUUCACGGGUCCAUUCAUCGCCUUAUAUAUUCGCUAUACGGGCCACGUCAGGUAUCCUGCUCUAGCUGCCAUCCCUAUAUAUCUGCUGGGUACAGCUCUGAUAAUAUACUUCCGGGUACCCGGCGCUCAGGUUGGGUAUCUUGCCAUGUGCCAAGUACUUGUCGGCUUCGGCGUAGGUGUGAUUAAUCAGAUGUCUCAGCUUAUUACUAUGGCAUCUGUUAGACACCAGGACGUUGCUGUGGCUCUUGCAAUUUAUGGCCUGUUCGGCUCCGUCGGUUCGUCUGUUGGCUAUGCUGUUGCGGGUGGCAUUUGGACCAAUAUUCUCCCGGUCAAGCUAUACGAGUUCCUUCCCGAUGAUAGCAAAAACAUGACUGCUACAAUCUACGGAGAUAUUAACAAGCAAAUGGAGUAUCCAAUUGGGACGCCGAUUCGAGAUGCCGUUAUCGAAGCAUAUGGUGAUGUAAUGAGGAAGAUGGUUAUUGUUGGUUCUGCACUAAUUCCUCUGACCAUCAUCUGUGUUAUUGUUUGGAGGAAUAUCAAUGUCAAGAAGCUCGAAACGGUGGAAAAGAGAUCCAGGGGAAAUGUUUUCUAAGAUUUGAACCUCUUGGCGUAAUGACAAUAUAAGCCACGACACAUUUUGAGAUAACGUAAGGUCAGCACGUUACAACAGGCUGCAAGAAUAAACAAUUAUACAACAAUUUCCCCCUUUCUUUUAUAUAUAUAUAAAAAACCGCGCUAGCGUGAAAAGAAUCGCCACUGUGUUAGAGAUGGUUAUGUUAUGCCAAUACAGACAUAAUUGGACUUAUAACAUCUUCAGUACACUAGUUUAUAAUGCGUACUAACUACUUCCUAAAGCUGCA